AUGGUAUAUGAAUAUGACUUGGAGAAAAUCGAAUGUGAAAUACAGGACACAGAGGAACAAAUGAAGGAAUUGGAAACAAAAGGACACAGGGAAGAAAACUUAAGGAUAGAAAGUGAUGAAAGGAACGGACAGAAUGUGGAAAAACAGAUGGCUUUUGAACACUUGUUUAAUUUAAGAAUCGUACUACAUGAAUCAAGAAGAACCAAACUCGUCCAUCCAUGUGAGAUACUUCUGUAUGUCGCCUUUGGAUACGGAUUUGUUGCACUUAGCCAGUGCUUCCAUGAAGUCUUGCCUGGUGACGGGCAAGUCCAAUUCUUCCUUGGCAAGCUGUUUGAUUUGCUCAGGCUUUAA